AUAACUUGAAGCAUCUAAAAACGGACAUUAAAGGAAUGUCAUAAUUCGGGACAAGCUUGUUAAAUUUUUCAAAGUUGGGCUCAAGACCCGGCUAUAAAUAGUCUUUACGGUAUCUCGGCAAAAUCUCGUUCCAGUGAUCGAUAAGGUCAUAUGUUUUAAACCUAAUCAAUACAUGUCACACCUUAUCUGAACAUAAAUAUAUUACAGAUAAGCACACUCAACAAUUUAUUUUUCACACACACACCCCACACACAUCACCAUAGAGACAAGAACUUAUCCUUAGUAACCAUGGAAACUUUUCAUAUAUUCCUAUCCUUAUUUUUAUUCCCCCUCUCCACGACCCCCAUUAAUCCGAUAACCUCCACAUUUUACGCCGACCCGGAAGCCUCAAUUUUCAACUCUCUCUACCACAUUCAUCCCACUUACUCGGCGCCCUACGACCAGCAAACGUUUUUUGACGCCUUCACCUCCUCUGAUCUCGUCACGUGGACGAAACACGAAAAAAUUUUGACAAUUGGGAACGUUUCUUGGGCAACGAGGGCCAUGUGGGCGCCCUCCGUGAUUAAAAAUGGGGACAAAUAUUACUUCUUCUUUUCUGCCAAUGAUGUCCACGAGGGUGAAAUUGGGGGGAUUGGGGUGGCAGUGGGGGAUUCACCGGUGGGGCCAUUUAGCGAUCUUUUGGGCCGGCCGUUAAUUGGCGAGAUUAUCAAUGGGGCGCAACCUAUCGAUGGUUUCGUUUUUAGGGAUCCUAUUACAUCAGCGCAUUAUUUGUAUUACGGUGGGUGGGGUCAUUGCAACGUGGUUCGAUUAAAUUCGAAUUUUACGGGAUUAUUACCAUUCAUUGAUGGAACGUAUUAUAAGGAAAUUACUCCCGAGGGUUAUGUCGAGGGCCCAUUUAUGCUCGUCCGAAAUGGAAAUUAUUACUUUAUGUGGAGUGAAGGUGGGUGGGGCGGGCCGGAUUAUAGGGUCGCUUAUGCAAUGGGGAAUAACCCACUGGGACCAUUUGUUAAGCAGGGGGUCAUUUUAGAACAGGACAUUAAUGUUGCAACGGGGGCUGGACAUCAUUCAGUUUUUCAGUUACCAGAUGAAUCUGAAUACUUUAUCGCGUAUCAUCGACGCCCACUUAACGAGACGGAUGCGAAUGCAAGAGUUGUUUGUGUCGAUAGGAUGGAAUUCGACCAAGAUGGCAAGAUUCUUAAAGUGAACAUGACUUUUGAGGGAGUCGUAGGACCAGAUUUGCCUUAAAUUUUACUUUGAUUUAAAUAAAAUCUAAAUUAAAAACAAUUUACAAUUUUUUGCAAUGUAAAUUUUUUUUAUCAGUAAUUGGAAAUCAACAUCAAUACACUUUUGAAUUUAUUUUUUAAUACAUAUGCAACCUAAAUAUUUUCAUUAGUUUUGCAUUAAACAACUUUCCACAGAAGUGGAUUAUGUAGAUUUAAAAUAAAAUAAUUUCUCUAAUAUCCCAAAAAAUUGUACGUUUUAUGGACUCAUUAGAAGAAAAAAGGUAGGAAAAAUAGGCCAAACUAUUUAAUAAAAAUAUCUCUUUUUGUAGUAUAUUUACUAAGUGAUCAUUCAAA